UUUUAAGAUAGACUACUGCUAAAAACUAAUCUACAACGUGACCUCUGACAACGAGAUGAAUACUAAUCUUAUAAAUUACAUAAUUAAAAUUAUAUAAUUCUACUACAGAUGAAUCAUGUCGACAAAAAACAUGAGAACUUUGGGAGGUAGUGGUCCCCCUAAACAGAUUCAACAAAAAAGAUUGUUCAGAAAGCGGCAAGCAAAUGUAGAGUCAGAGAAGAGGUUUGAUGUGGAAACAAUUGGUGCCUUCAAGAAGAUGCCAUCUUUCCAGCCUGAACAUUUCAUGACAACUCGCCCGUUAAUGGGGGCUUGCUGUGCUUGUAUGCCCCAAAGUCAGAGAGAGUUGAUGAGUCCAGGCCUAAGAGAGAUGGGAGUGAGAAAUAUCUUGGAUGUCAGAACUGAGAUGGCCAAUGCCGGGUACCUCUCAAGAUGGUUUGCAGAUGAAGCUUAUGCACUGAGGCGACCUUUGUUCAACAGAUACCCAGAUCUCUCCAUGGUUGUACUCACAAGUCCCAGGGUUCUAAAGGCCGUACAGCAGACAUCCAAUCACCUUGGCUCUGAGAUCUUGGGUGAAGGCCAUCAGGCCAAACAACAAAUUGAGAAGAGUUGUCUUGUGACCAUUCAUAAAAUGAAGGCUUCUAUAUCAUCUGUAUUUAUUAAAUUGACAGCCUGGUUUCUCACGAAGUUUCUUGCCAAGUUUCUGCGCAGUGUGCAAGUGUGUCGCGGUCAGAUGAUGAUGGUCAAGCAGGCCAGUGAGAAAGGUGUCCCCAUGGUGUACCUGCCUCUCCAUCGAAGUCACUUGGAUUACAUCCUGGUCACUCUGAUACUAUGGCACUACGACAUCAAAGCACCUUAUGUUGCCGCUGGUGAUAAUAUGGACAUUCCAGUGUUUAAUUCACUUAUGAGAGCUUUAGGAGGAUUUUUUAUUCGCCGUCGCUUGGAUACAAAAGUGGGUCAAAAAGACGUCUUAUACAGAGCAAUCCUACAUCAGUACAUGACAACACUGCUACAUCAUGGGGAAAGCCUGGAGUUUUUUGUUGAGGGAGGGAGGACUCGGACUGGCAAGGCCGUCAUUCCUAAAGGAGGCCUCUUGUCAGUUGUUGUAGAGGCUUGCAAUGAAGGAGAAAUGUGUGAUGCCUACAUUGUGCCAGUGACUUUCAGCUAUGAGAAGCUUAUUGAUGGCUAUUAUUACAGGGAACAAAUGGGCAUGCGUAAAGUGAGAGAGUCAUUUUGGGGAGCUGUCAAAGGAAUUUUCCGAGUCUUUUUCAGCAGCUAUGGAAGUGUCCGGGUAGACUUUGCUCAGCCAUUUUCUCUUAGGGAGUUUAUCCAACACAACAAAGGCAAUCCGUACCACUGUGUGACGUCACCGGCGACACCUGGCAGUACGUCACCUGUGUCAGCUGACAGAGCUGCCAUGGAGUCUGGCACCUCCUACCCCAACUUUUCUCUGGCCCUCAGCGAGGAGUCUGAGAACACCAGGUUGCUGGUCAAGGCUUUGGCUGACCACACAGUUUACACCAGUGACCAGUGCACUGCACCUAUGGCCACACACCUGGUGGCUUUUCUACUCUUGACCAAGUACAGACAGGGUACAUACUUGAGGGAAUUGACCAAAGCUGUCCAUUGGCUGGUCAGGGAACUUCAAGCCCAACACAAAGAUGUUGGCUUUUGUGGUCAGCCAGAGGAUGUCAUACUCUACGCUCAGACUCUACUGGGGGACACAUUGGUCAGCAAGAAGUGGUAUGAGGAGAACAAUGAUCUCAAGCUUUACCCAAACCUCAGCUUGCCUUUUGUCUUUGAGCUCAGCUAUUAUUCCAAUCUGGUCACCACACAUUUUGCUCUAGAGAGUGCUCUAGCCAUAGCUGUACUGCUAGCUGGGAACCUUUCUGUCCACAACCUUCAGCCAGGCAGCCAACAGAGAGAAGUCAGCAGAGAGAGGCUGCUAGAAGUGGCCGAGGAGCUGUGUCUGGUCAUCCACAAUGAAUAUAUUUUUGUGCCUCCUUGCCAGACUGUCAACGCUGCGCUGCAUGACAUGGUGGAAGCUUUUAUUUCCAAGGAGAUUUUAUCAACAGAAACUGACAGCAAUAAUGACAGUCUGCUGUUUGCUGGUAAAGACAGACGCUGGUCUGACAGGCUGGCUCUGUGUAUGGAUGUGGAUGACGAGGAGGUCAGUGAGUCAUUCACUCACCAGCAGACUCUUCAGGUGAAUGUAGACAGAGCAGAUGUGAGGGAGCGUCUCUUGUUCCUGGUGACAGUUCUAGGCCCUGCACUUGAGUCACACCUGGUGGUUGCCAAAUACUCACUGACAGAGUUGCUCUCAGAGCAGCCAGAAGAAGAUUUCUUGAUGAAUGUUGGAGAAAGUGCCAGACAGAGGGUUGAUGAAGGAUUAGCACAUUACUCUGAAAGCUCCGCCAUGAUGAACUUGAAGUCUGCUGUCAAAUCAUUUCAAGACCUGGAGAUCCUGUACAGCUACAGGAAGGCCAACAUCAACAUGAUUGGCCUGAGUGAGCAGUUUGAUGCCAGGACAACGCUCGAUCAUUACCUCACAUUACUGCAGUCAGCUCUCAGCUAAAGUAACAUUACCUCACACUACUGCAGUCAGCUCUCAGCUAAAGUAACAUUACCUCACAUUACUGCAGUCAGCUCUCAGCUAAAGUAACAUUACCUCACACUACUGCAGUCAGCACUCAGCUAAAGUAACAUUACCUCACACUACUGCAGUCAGCUCUCAGCUAAAGUAACAUUACCUCACACUACUGCAGUCAGCUCUCAGCUAAAGUAACAUUACCCCACCCUACUGCAGUACGCUAAAGUAACAUUACCUCACACUACUGCAGUCAGCUAAAGUAACAUUACCUUACACUACUGCAGUCAGCUCUCAGCUAAAGUAACAUUACCUCACACUACUGCAGUCAGCUCUCAGCUAAAGUAACAUGACCUCACACUACUGCAGUCAGCUAAAGUAACAUUACCUCACACUACUGCAGUCAGCUCUCAGCUAAAGUAACAUUACCUCACACUACUGCAGUCAGCUCUCAGCUAAAGUAACAUUACCUCACACUACUGCAGUCAGCUCUCAGCUAAAGUAACAUUACCUCACACUACUGCAGUCAGCUAAAGUAACAUUACCUCACACUACUGCAGUCAGCUAAAGUAACAUGACCUCAGCUGAUACAGAUGAGACUGAAGGCACUGACUGUCCCAGCACUGGCCAGUACACACUUGCUGUACACACUGGCCAGUACACACUUGCUGUACACACUGGCCAGUACACACUGGCCAGUACACACUGGCCAGUACACACUGGCCAGUACACACUUGCUAUACACACUGGCCAGUACACACUUGCUGUACACACUGGCCAGUACAACUUGCUGUACACACUGGCCAGUACAACUUGCUGUACACACUGGCCAGUACACACUUGCUGUACACACUGGCCAGUACACACUUACUGUACACACUCCUCUUGUUAUUUAUUGCUGGCAUUGGUGUAAGGCCUGUCUCUGUAGGUGUGUGGUUGCUGUAGGUGUGUGGUUGUUGUAGGUGUGUGGUUGUUGUAGUUGUGUGGUUGCUGUAGGUGUGUGGUUGUUGUAGGUGUGUGGUUGCUGUAGGUGUGUGGUUGCUGUAGGUGUGGUUGUUGUAGG